CGGAAACCCCCGAUGAUUGUAGAAAACAGUCAUUUCUACAGUCAUUGGUUUAACCCCAGCUGUUUAUAAUCACAGCUGUGGUGGAGCUUUGACUCAGAGCGUCACCCUCCACCAAGAACAUUAGUUUUCUUCUAUUUGUCUUCCAGCGGUGAAAUGUCGACCACCGGGAGCUCCCUGAACUGUGAGGGGAUGUACUCCCAACUAAUAGACGACGAGUCCUGUCAUGACGACUUACCCCACAGGCCAGAUGUGGAACACCGUGGUCAUCCUGUGAUGCAAAUGUUCCCCAGGCCCAGUGGUCCCAGGCUGUACCGCCUUGCCACCAUCUGCCUGGCAACGCUGUGCGCCGUCCUCCUGAUCUCCAUCAUAGCUGUCACUGCACAAUAUAAAAACAAACCUCAGGGUGGUGGUGAGGCAUCCUUAGGGAAGCAGACGCAGGAGGCAAAUGUGUCAGCUCUGACAGCGUCCAUCGCCAAGCUGCAGCAGGAGAAACAACAGCUGCAGAAAGAGAAGGACGAGCUGCAGGCCAAGCUCGCUGCAAAGAUGGCUACUAAAGCUCCUGCUGUGGUGACGUCGGCUCCUAUCGUCUGCCCCAACGACUGGCACCUCUUUAACAACAGCUGUUACUUGAUCUCCAGGAACUCACGGGAUUGGCCAGAGAGCAAGUCUUUCUGUGAGAGCAAAGGCGCUCACCUGGCCAUCAUCCACACACCUGAGGAGCAGACAUUUCUUUGGAAUCUUCUUCCCAGAGGACACUGGAACUCCUACUGGUUUGGAAUAACUGAUGAAAAAACAGAAGAUGAGUGGAAAUGGGUCGACGGCACUCCGCUGAUCGGAGGUUUCUGGGAGGAGGGUGAGCCCAACAACCACAUCGAUGAAGACUGCGGCUACAUCGUGAAAACACGUGUGAUGGAGCGCGUGGCGAUCCGGAGCUGGUACGACGCCCCCUGCAGCAUGUACUUACCCUUCAUCUGUGAGAAAGAGAUGGGCCCCGGCGCGAGUACUGCCAUACCACACUAAGAAAACCAGUUAGUAUUUUGUACUGGCUGCUUGGGUUAUCUGUCACAGUGUAGUCAGGUCAUCAACACUUAUUUACCUUUUUGCAUUUAAUUAACAUGUGCCAUUUGUGCUCACUGCUCAUUAUUUGUGACGUGUGUGUGGAUAGUUUGCUCUGUCCACAAGCAUGAACGCAACAGAGAUGGAGUGUCAAAAUACAUUUACAGUGCUGUCAAGUCCCUGAAGUACCGUGUAGCAGUCAGGACUGCAGUAGGGACUGACAACCAGGUUCAUGUCCAGAUGAGGCCCUGAUCUUUCAGACUCGUGCGUAUCUCUGUGCCCUCAUACAGACGGUAACACAAGGAAACUGGGUCUCUGCAAAAGCUUAAUCAUGUAUGAAAUAGUUUUGGUUUUGGUUUAGGUUUUGAAAAGUGGUGCGAGAAACUAAAACAUUAUAACUCUACUUUGGUAAUAAUACAAAACCUUCAGCAUUCAUUUAUACUUAAAUUAAAACAAUCAUUAUGUAGAACUAUAUACAUAAAAAAAUUGCUGAUUAUUGAUUAGUUGCAUGUAUCUCACUCUAAAUGUAAGCUUUAUAACAUCACAGCAUUAAAAAUCCCUGGACUUUUAUUUUAACAUCUGCAGUAAAUAAUAACAAAAACUAAAGAAACUGUAUGAAGUUAAAAAAAUGUGUUUUAUUCAAAGCAUAGUGGAGUAGCGUACACUGGGCUCUCUGUGCUCAGUGGCAUUAACAGGAAUAACAGCCGCCCUCCUCUGGACCUGUCGCUGGCUUCUAUUCAGUGUUUCUGUGCCUUAAACUGCAGAAAUAUUUUUAUAUAUUUUUAUAUGAUUCACUUUCAGACUUAAAUCAGGGAUUCAAGUUGAAUCAAGAUAAAUGCUUUUAAAUGUCUGUUUUAUAUUUGGAAUCAGAUAUGUUAUGUGUCAGAUGUCUGUGUGUAUAUACUGUACAUAAAAUACACGUCAUGUUUGAUCUAUACGUGAUGUAGCCACAUGUGUAACAUUCCCCUCUUUGAAGAUGUGCUUUGAGAAGUAAAAAUGUUUGUUGUCCCGUGGCGUAAAUAACGACUGUAUUUUCUCCAUGGGUGUAAGCUGUUGCUGUCACUCAUAUCUGCCAUGUGAAUACAAAACGUGCACCUAUCCAGCAGCAGACAUGAGCAGUCUGUUAACGAUGAAUCUAUCUGUUCUCUUCAUGAAACAUGAUGGCUUGUUUGUAACGUCUCCUCCCUGCACUGCUGUUGUUGCCCUGCAGGUGGCGCUGCUACCACAAUCAGCCUGUCAAGAUGUUAACAACAGAAGGGUCUGUGGACUAAAAUUACAAUAAAUUAAAAUAAGUCACUUAAAAUAA